UGGCAGCCAUUAGAGAUACCUGACUCACCUGGUUAUUUUUACCUGUGUAAAAGGUGUGUGACGUUGAAAUUGAUUUAGAACAAAAACAAAAGUUUAGACUUGCAUUCUAAGACAAAAUGAGAUAAUCAAGUGUAACCAUUAACUGGGAAAUGUAUCAAAGAACAUCUGUGACAUCCUGAAACCAACAUCUUCGAAAGAACUUUGAUGUUUACCUGCUGAUUAUUUGUAAACAAAUUAUACAGACCUACACAAACAAUGGAAGGAUACAGAAUAUAUAUAACAAUAUUAGUGAUAUGGCUGCAAAUGACUAGGAUACAAGGAAACUGUCCAAUAGCUGAGUGCAUUUGUCUUGAUGGACAGAACCCGUCUAGUGAAAGGAUAAUAGACUGUCGUGAAAAAAGUUUUUUAAGUGUGCCUGCCAUAAAUACUACUGACGAAAUAUUUCAAGAGCUGACACUCAGCAAUGCUGCUGAAUCCAAUUGCAGGAAACCUAAUCCUCAAGCAAAAUGCAACAGAAUUGUACAUAUUUCAAGUAAUGCAUUUGCUGGGCUGAAAGUAAGAAAAAUUGACUUCAGUCAAAAUUACCUAGGAACAGUGGCAAAUGAUGCAUUUAGUGGAUUGGAACAAUAUUUGACAGAACUCAUUUUAGAGGGUGACGAUACAAACCGUGUUCCAUUUUACUCACUGACAACACUGUCUAAACUUAAGUCAUUGACACUUGAACGUUUCACUCUAGAUAGUAAUGGCAUUACUUUCUUUCCACAAGAAUUUCCUGAAUUGGAAACAUUGAUCUUACAUACACUCCAGAUGCAAUAUAUAUCAUCAGGUUCUGUGUCAGGUAAAUUAAGGAAUCUGAAGAGAUUAGAGAUACUUGAUAAUCCAGACUUUACAUCGUUCCCUGUUAGUGCUAUACGACAUCUUACAACAUUAGAACAUAUUCGUUUUGUAAAAAAUGGUAUUACAACCUUUCAAUAUACUGCAAAUGCUUUCGAAUCACUUAGUAAACUGACUGAAUUGGAUUUAUCACACAAUUAUAUCAGUUCCUUACAAUCUGGAUGUUUCAACUAUUUACAUGACAAAUUGGAAUAUCUUGGUCUUCAUCUAAAUAAUUUAAAUGGACAAAAUUUGGCCACUCUGAAAGAGGGUAACUGGACAAAGCUUCAACAAUUAAUAUUAGACAGUAAUCCGAUUGGUUCUGAUGGAUUAACUACAGAUUUGUUCAAAAAUAUGUCACAUCUGGCAAAUUUAAAUUUACAACAAACUCAACUUACUCAAAUUAAACAAAAUGACUUUGCAGGCUUGCCAAAUCUUCAUUUUCUUCACUUAUCUGGAAAUGAUAUCACACAUAUUGAUCCUGGAACCUUUAAUAACACACCAAAUUUAAAGGAACUCUAUUUAGAUACUGUUGGCAGAUCAGAUAAUAAAUUGAGCUUCUCCAAAGAUACUGCACAAGGACUUCAGAACUUGCUACGUAUAGACUUUAAACAAUCACACAUUGAGCCUAUGGCAUUCUGGAAUUCAUUGAAAGUAAUGACCAAAUUAAAACACAUAUAUCUAGAAAAUAAUGGACUUUCAAAUAUUCCAGACUUAACAUUUCAGUAUCAUACACAACUGGAGAAUUUAGAGAUAGCAAAUAAUGGAUUAACCGAACUAACACAAGCACAAAUUCAUGGUUUAGGAAACAGUCUCACAUCACUGCAAUUAACCGGAAAUAAUAUAACUCUUAUUGAUAAAUGUGUCAUUGAAGAACUGUCCAUGUUAAAGAAUUUAUAUUUGGACCAGAAUCCUAUGCAUUGUGAUUGCAAACUGGCAAAGUUAUACCAGUGGGCAAAACAAAAGGAAGUUGAUGAUAGUUUUUUUCAAUAUAUUCUAAAAGCAGUCUGCAGUACUCCGCAAAAUCUUAACAGUCAACAUCUAACUCAAUUAGCUCCCAGUGACCUUGUGUGUCCACCUGGUACACAACUAAUUCAGUGUGAGACUUUCACAACGUCAACAACAAGUACAACUACGCCAUCUACAACUACAGUUCCACUACCAAUAAUUACUCUUUCAAUUGAUGGACGUAAUGAAUUAUAUGUUUCCUUAUCUUGGACUGUUCAAAAUAUAGACCAGUUGUCCAAAUUUUUCAUUACCCAUCAACAGCUAGCAACUAGUGAAACUAAUGACCCAACAGAGGUUGAUGCAAACCAAAGGCAAUGGACAUUGCCUUUAGACAAUCAUAAGGACUAUUCAAUCUGCAUCAAAGCAAAAACAACUGACAAUAGAGUUACUGUUCCUGACUGCAAGAAUUCAUUAGGUGGUAUUGUCACAACAUUUGCACCAACUGCUAGUCCUUCCACAGGAUUAAGUUCUGGAGAAAUUGUUGCGAUUGGAGGAGGCCUUGCAAUACUAAUUAUCCUCAUAGUAGUGAUCCUUUUCUUCCUUAUAAGGUAUCAAACAAGACCAAAAUAUAAAGACACACCUCCUGUUCAUUUUACUGCAUUUAAUGCAAGACCCACGACUGGAUAUGAUUCAAAACGCUUCUCAAAACCAAAGAAACCUCAAGCAAAUGGUGAUCUUAUAGUAAAUGCUAUAUCUUCAGGCAAGACUGGUGAACCGUUGAGUCCAAAUAGUCGUCAUUCGGCAGGAAGUUAUCAAUAUCUUAAUGAAAAUCAAAUGAUUAAUAUACAACCCCAUCUGAACAAUGGUAAAGGAGCUAAUGGCACAUCACAUGACCUGCCGUCACCACCAGGUUACUACCAGGUAACUAACAACCCAAAAAAUGCUGCACCACAAGGAUAUCUGAAUGACCCUCGUAUGAAACAAAGACAGUUACAAGGUUAUUUAAAAGAUUCAAACUUAAAGGAAAACAGAAAUUUGAAUGAUUCAUCAUCCAACAAAUCUCGUUAUGACAAAACACCAGGACAACUUAAGGGACAUGCACCACAGCCUCACUCUUACGUCAAUGACCCUCAAAGGUCACCACCAAGUAUUUAUACGAAUGACAUUAAAGAUAGACCCCUUCCUAAACCAAGGACUAAACAUUAUGAAAAUAAUAACUCUACCGGAUUUCUGAAUCAUGGAUUUGAUAUAGACAGUCCGACAGACCAUGAAAUCACUCCAGAAACAGAAAUAUGAAAAUCUGGGAUAAUAUAGUGCUAAUAAUCAGAGUCCUUUGCCUGGAUUAUAUAAUGUGAUAUCAUGUUCAAUGUGAGAAUGUGACAUUCAUAGACAGGAAGGAUUUCUAUGAUACUGUGUUCCUAAGUUCUCUCUGAAAAAGGACUGAUCUGGUACCAGUAUCAGACCUGGUCAAAAGGACAUGGCCAUUCUCAUACAAAAAAUAUGAAUAAAUAUAUUUUUUUAAUAAGUGAACGAUUGCAAGAAAGAGAAUGAGUUAAUGCCUAAAAGGCUCUAAACGAUUUUGACUGAUUGUGAUACAAAGAUAUCAGUGCAAACCUAGAUCUGUCAAUUCUUCUCAUGAAUAACUGUGUAGAACGCAAAUGUAGAUAAGAUUUAUUUUAUGAGAGUAUGUGAUAUAAGCCAAAUGUACUAGUUUCAUAUCAUACAUCAUAAAGAAUAGUAACUUUGAGUGUUUUAUUUACUAAAUUAGUCAUUUGUACUAUAAUUGGAAUAAUUUUAUGCAAUGAACAUUAUACAUUCAAGUCAAAGUAAUUUAACCAAAGGAGAUAAUAUUUGGAUAAUAAAUUUUACUCCUAAGAGAUUCACAGAUUAUCAUCAACAGAAUAAUGUAAGAAUCUAAAUGAAAAUACAUUCUUGUCAUAGUAACAUUUGAAUUUGACUCCCUAUCAUUUGUGCUCGUUCUUCCUGAAACCACCAUAGUUGUCUUCUAAUAGUAUGCUUGCCUCAAAUGCAAAAGGCUAUGGUUUGAUCCCUGACCACUUAUAAAAAUGACUUUAAAAAAGUAAUUUGCCUCUUUUCUACUAAAAGACCUGUCAGCUUAGAAUCAGUAAAAUGUGAUUAAGUAAGGCUAUACAUUUUAUUGUUGACUAACUUCUUAAGGCAUACGUGUUCCAUUAUUUUGAUACACCUGUAUUUUGACUUUUGGUUUAAAUUAUAAGUGUAUGUCUAUACAAAUUCCUAUGCAGUAUUACACAACUGGUUUAUUUUUGACAACAAAUAUAGAUAAAAAGAAACACCUUAUGGUUAUAUAGGCUUCUUUUAUGCAAUCUAUUUAAAUGAGUACACCUAUACCCUACUAGUCUUUAAACUUGUUUGUGUUCUAUUGAAACUUUUGUUUACUAAUUAUGUGAUCUGUACUAUUUGCUUUUAUAUGUAUAACCUUCAGGCUUAUGACCUUCAGGUGUGUAAACCAUUUUGUUUUUUUAAACCUAUAAAAUCUAUCAUAUUAUUUUUGCUUGCUCUUUCCCCUUUCUGUGUUUUAAUUUAAAUUUCUUUUCCAUUUAAGAAAGUCUCAAACUUUUCUAUUUGAUAUGAAAGAAAGAUAUGAAAAUUAAUGAGUAUUUUUUAGAAAAAUUUACACAUUGACAUCAACUUGAAAACAGAUAAAGUUUUCAAAGUAUUUUUACAAACCAAAUUUAACGAAAUGAGUUUCAGAUUGAGGCAGAUGCAUCCUGUUUAAGUACACUUUGAAUUUUGCCAAAUUUUCUACAUUAUUUUCAUUUAAUUCAUUUGUUAAAUAUUUAAUGUUUGUUGUUGUUCAUUUUUAUAACUCUAGUUUACUCUAUAGAUUACAUCUAUUUGUUGUUUUAUCAUAUGAUCAGUGCAAAAACUGUUUCACAAUAAUUGUUACAGAGUUAUGAAUUAUGUUGUUUAUUUUAAUACAUGAUUUUUGUAUAUAUCACUCAUUACUUUCAAAUUUUUAUUGAUGUUUAUUGCAAUUUUUUCAGUAUGAUAUUCACCACAAAUCAAUAGUAACGUUUAUCAGUCAUGUGCCAUAAAUAUGAGAAGGCGUUUAUUGAUCAGCAUUGUGUAUUGGCUAAUGUAAACACAAUGAGUAAUACACUUGUAAAUAUCUCUCUUGUAAAGUAAAAUCACUUUUAUAAAUUUCGACAUAUCUAAAAAAAAAAAUCAAGUUUGUAAAAUAGGAUACAAAUUCAAUAUUUGUAAAAACAUUUUGAUUUCAGAAAAAACAAAAGGUAGGAUGUAAUUCAAAUAAUUUAGAAAGAUAUACAACUAAAAAAACCACAUGAAUGAAAAACCGGAUAAGUUAUCUAUAGGGAUUGUAAUACUACUUAAUUUUCUUCUUCUUAAGUUCAUAUAACUUUAAUAGGAAACAAAAGAUAAUCCCACUGAUCAUCAAACAUCCCUAGUUCUGAUACAGCGGACCUAUGUAGGCUUCAACUCAGGAAUUUUUACAAACUAUGCUCAGGCACUUGAAUUGAUGAAAUUUUGUAUAGGUUGUUACUUAUCCUAGUCCUGUCUUGAAUGAAUUGGGAAAACUAUGCUGUAUAAAAUGAGAGUUGUACUUGCAUUCCCCUUAUAUUUAUGCCUAAAACUAUCUUCAUUUGUCCAUCUGGGACCUCAAGUUAAAUAGUUAAAUUAUAAAGAAACAAAAAAAGAAAGGGAAAAAACUUGACAAAUUUUAAGUUCUGUUGAUUUUACUAAUUGCAUUUUUAUCCCACAUUCAUAAAAUAAUAUUCCCAUAUUUUGUUUUCUGGGAAAGGGAGGGAAGGGGAGGGGAGGGGUAAAAUGCUGAGUGAAUCUAUCAAGUGAAGAAUUAUGAAUAUGAAAGAUGUUUACUGAUAUAAAAGAUGAUGUUGAUUGUUUACAUUGUAUAUUGUAGAACCACUGAUGUGAUAAAUAAUUCACUGAUGUAGAAAAGUGCCUUAAUGUGUAAUUUUCAGGCAUUUUUUAUACAUCUUUUCAAUACACACAUUUAUUUUUGUUUGUUGAGAUAUUAAUAUUUUUUCAACACUUGUUUAAAGAUCAUCAACAUGUACAUAUACUCUCUGUUUUAAAGUAGAAAAAAAAGAAAUUAAAAUUAACUUUCAAUUUAGCUUUAACAAGGAUCUUCUGGGAAAAACUCAAAAUAUAUACUCAUUAACUGUGUUUGUCAUGUUUAAAUGAUUUUUUCCUUGGCCCUCCUUAGAAGACGUUUUUCUCCAAGCAUAAUCAAAUUGACAUAUUUUUUGUACAUAAUCACGACUAGUGCUAGAUUUACAUAUCAAGGAUACUAAAUAAGACAUUAUAUUGUUAAAAAUAUUGUAUAGAUUUUUUCAGAUGUAUAUAUUUAUGUCAACAUAAUAUAUUAUUAUAUGAAUAUUAAAUUUUUAUGACUCAA